AUGCCUUUUGGUCUUAACAUUUCUCGUCACAAUCAACGACAAGGUUGUACAAAUAUAUCACAAAUAAAUACAAAGCUAAUCUUUACUGAACUCAAAUCUAUUGUUACGCCAUUGAAUAUUUAUUGUUAUUUUUUUCUACUGGAGCUUUGCCUUGUUUGUUUUUGUCUUUUGAUCAAUGGUGGUGGGCUGGACAGGCAAAUUGUUGUUAGAGACAUCUUGAAAUCAACAAUUUCUCAUCCUUUAAUGUUAAUUCGACAACACAUCAAUCUUUACUGCAGAUAUUUUAAUUCUACAAGGAUUAAUGACGACUCCUGA